AUGAAGAUCAUCCUCAUCAUCAUCGAACUUUCCACAGCGUCCAUGAGUUCCACACCUUCGAAUCGUCAUCAGCAGGAACAUGCCAUCCCAAUGGUCACGUCAGCGUUCCAGAUGGAAUGCAAUUGUUACAAACAACAGGAACAUCAGCAGUUAAAUCAACAACAACAACUACCCCCACAACAACAACAACAACAACAACAACAACAACCUGACCAGCAACAUCUUCAGCACCAUUUGCAGACCAAAAUUUUCAAGCUUGACUACGCAAACUGCAACAACAAACAACAACAUCAAAAUCAACAACAACAUCCCCCACAACAAGUACUACCAACACUACGAUUACAAUGUCACACGUCAACUCCGACUUGUGUUGUAUCCGAAGAAAGCCUCCUCAUCUUUGUCCCCAUUCUCAUCCUUUUCCUGGCAUGUUACUCCUCCAGGAAUUAUGUGAACAAUCUGCUCAAAAACUUCAGGGAGAUGUUCCAGAUCCGACCGAGACAAACUGAAACAAAUAUUUCGCUAAGGGACUGUCAACCGCACAAUCUUUCAGUACCGCCCUCACCACCAUCUUCUUCAGCGUCGCCAUCACCAACACCUAGAUUUUCCUACCUACCAUUUCUCGUCCCACAACCACCACCCUACCAAAGCAUUUUUCCACAACCCCCACCAUCAGACCAGCUCUCCAGUUAUUCUACAUUAAACAAAGUAAAAAACACAAAUGUCCCAAAAAAUUCACAAAAAUCGCAAGAAGGACCGCCGAGUGUAGCUGGGGUAGAGGGAUCUGCCAACGACGCUGUCGAGGCAUUGCCGCCAAACAACACUACAUGUCAACAAUGUUGCCAACAUUUCCAGCAGAGUUGUCAACAAUCAUCCGCCAAUACGCAACAGCCACAACAAAUCGUCAUUCGCAUACCUCCAGCCCUGACAAAUGCACACAAUUUUGUGAGUAAAAAUUUAAAAAAGAUACAAAAUAAGUUGAUUUCUUCUGUCCAGCAAGCUGUUCUGACGCAACAGCAGCAGCCGCAGCCACCAAUACAGCAACCACAACAGCAUCUACCUCUGCACCAGCAACAACAUCUUCCAAUGCAUCAACUCAGUUCCACUUAA